GCUUAAAAAACGUUCAAAUUAUACAUUUGUUCCCAAACAUUUAACAAAUUUUAAAACCAAAAUAUUUCUUUAAAUUCUUCGUGUGAAGAAAUUCGCCGCAUACUUGCCUUCGCCAUGUCUGCCACACUCAAAGUGAGCCCGCCUAAUCUCAGCAUUUCGCCCAUGACCACAGCCAAAGUGAUAUUUUCAGCUAAUCGGUCUGCCAGCAACAACAACAACAGCUGCAGCAAAAGUGUCAGUCAUUGCACAAAGUUACCACAAAUUAAAUUGCCACCACCUUCACCACUUUAUUCACCACUUUAUCCAGCCAUGGAUGCCAUAGCAUCGACACCCAAUAAUUAUGUUAAUAGCAGCAACAGCAACAGCAACAACACCAACAGCUGCGCUCUACUCAUGUCACCGCCGCUCAGCGCUAAGCACGAAAAGGAUACACACCAAGAAUUAGAGCAAAAUCACCACCCUCUCCUCCAAACUCGACAGCCGCAGCCGCAGCAGCAGGAGCAACAGCGACUCCACACAGCCGAAUUCCUUGCGCCCAAUUGUAAUCUGAAGGCAGUCUACAACAGCAACAACUACACAGAUUUCACCAGCGCCGAGUUGAGCUUUCCGGAUUUUUCGCUCAGUUACAUGGUGGAGACGCCCACUUCGGUUUACGGUGGCAGCAGCAGCAACCACAACAACACACUGGAUUAUGUGUCGUCAGGCAAUCAAUGCGGCAACACCCCGGCAACAGUGAGCUUUUGCAGUGAUAGUGAUGUGGUCAUGUCGCAACAGCAACAGCAACAGCAACAGCAACAGCAACAGCAACAACAACAUAAGCAGCCAGCUUGCAACACCGGUAACACCCAGGAUGUGUUCCGCUUUGAGCCGGAGGAUAUUGCGCGCCUUACAUCCGUCGAUUGUGAGACGAGUGACAACUUUGUAAAUUCUACUGAGAAGGCGUUGCAAGGUGGCGGCUUGGUGGGCGUGUUAGACAGUUUACAAGCGCCUUUUACGCCACACACGCCAUACAGCCCCUACGCUACGACGACGACGACGACGACGGCAACCAGCUUCAGCAUGACGGUGGAUGGCAAUUAUCAGCAGCAGCAGCAGCAGCCGCGGCAAAUGACAUCAGAUGGAAUUACAAGCAGCUGCAGCGAGAGCAAUAGCAACAACAGUUGUGACCUUAGCGGCAGUCAAUUAUUGACUGCAGCCACUUUAACUUCUGACUAUUUGAACCUCGACAUCGAAUACUACAACUACGAUGAAAUUAAUUGUCAAUCGAAAAAUCAAUCGCCCUGCUCCUCGCCGCCGCUUGAUCCAUGGAUGACGCUCAAUUUGGCCGAAACCAUUGCUGGCGCUGCGGCCGCAGAACAAGCGGCCGUUAAUACACAACGCAAUCGGUCGCCUAAACCGAGCAAUACCUGCUACACCUAUCAGCCGUAUGCCGCGCACAACCAGCCACAACAAGCGCACGAGAUUAAGCAGGAAACGCCAAACAAGCUGCCUUCGAUGGUGUCCACCUUCGGUACGCCCAAAUACGAGUCUGUCUACAACUAUGACUACACAUUUGCCAACGAUGAGAUCAGCGCACAGCAACAACGGCAAGAAUACCAGCAGUGCAUGCAGCAGCAGCAGCAGCAGCAACAGCAACAGCAACAGCAACAAGAAAAAUGGUCCUGCUAUGGCGUCGCCGCAACCGCAUCACCCGGUGCUGUAGUAGCCCAAAAUUACGAUCAUUUGCCGGAGAACUAUCAGAAUUGCAAUUUGUUGCAUGCGGAAAAACCAAACCGCGAACACAAAAUCAUAUGGACCAUCGAUGAGCUGGACGAGUUGCAUGAGGAGCUUAUCGACGAGCUGUGCUGUGCCAGUGCCAAGCAAACCAAUCACAUAAGCGGCGACGAGGGUGUAGAUGUGGAUAUUGCUGGCUAUUUUGAAGAUGAAAAUUCGCUGGAUUUUGCCCUACAGGUGGCAAGUGAUGAGCGUGUGUUUGACGAGGUCGAUGAAAAUGAGGAUGAUAACGAUUCGGUAUUCCACACCAGUGCGUGUGCCACAGCCACAGCCACAGCCACAACAAAUCACUUAGAACAAGCAACACAGUUGCAUUUGCAACCGCCACGUCGUCGACGUCGUUGCACAUCACCAACUGCAGGCAAUGCCAGCAAUGAGGUUGCUGGUGCCAAAUGCAAAUCAUCUCGCAACACUGCAACGCCAGCAAUGCACAAGAAUUAUGACGCAGAUGCCAUUGGCGGUAUUAGGCAACAAGAAGAAGAAAUUGCGGAUGCAGCGCCUGUGGAAGAGUUUGCCGAUGAGUUGCAAAUCUGUCGUUGGACUGAUUGCAACGAGGAAUUCCCAAACCAGGCGGCAUUUGUGACGCACAUCGAGAAGCGGCAUGUGGAUGCGAAAAAACGCGAUGAUUUCUCUUGCUUUUGGCUGGACUGUCCGCGCCGCUAUAAGCCCUUCAAUGCGCGCUAUAAGCUCUUGAUACACAUGCGCGUGCAUAGCGGCGAGAAGCCCAACAAAUGUCCGUUUCCCAGCUGCAACAAGGCAUUCUCACGUUUAGAAAAUUUGAAAAUUCAUCAACGCUCGCAUACCGGCGAGCGGCCAUAUGGCUGUCAAUAUGAAGGUUGCCUCAAAGCGUUCAGCAAUAGUUCGGAUCGAGCGAAGCAUCAGCGGACACACUAUGAUACGAAACCAUAUGCGUGUCAAUUGCCCGGCUGUACAAAGCGCUACACGGAUCCCUCCAGCCUGCGGAAGCAUGUCAAAAACCACGCGCUGCGCAAUGCCAAUGGCCACUUGGGACGUCGAAAGUCGGCGAGUGCGGCUAGCGGCUGCAAAAAAGUCAACAAUGGCGCGAGCAAAGCAACAACAGCUAAAAUGCGGCGACACUCGGAGUCAUCACUGGUCAAUGCAACAGCUAAAACAACUGGCGCGCCGGCAUUAGCAACAUCAACAAAAACAACAUCAACAACAACAGCAACAACAGCAAAGACAUUUGCGCAAACGACACUAAUUGGCAGCAAAUUAAUGAAUAAUACACUGAGUCAACAGCAGCAGCAGCAGCAACAAAAACAACAACAACAACAGCAACUACAACAACAGCAACUUGAAACAAGGCAACCACAACAGUAUACGCGACAACAACGCAGCAACAGUUGUAGUGAAAUAUCAACACGCCACAACAAUAGCAAGACUAACGGCAGCAACAACAAUAACAACAACAACAGCAGCAAUAGCAAUAGCAACAAUCAGUGCGGUUAUUAUGACAACCACGUUGAGUUAAUGACAAUAUCAACUGAUAUAACAACAAAAAUGUUGAGGCCUGUGAAAUUACACGCCACAACAACAGCAACAGCUGCAGCAACCCUACCAACAAUAACAACAAACGUUUGCAAAACGUCAACACCAAUGCCCUUUACGAUCAUGCAACAUGCCAAUAAUGCGUUGAGUAUUAGCGACAUGCCCACAGUAUUUGUUACCGCCACUAAUGCGAGUGGCAACAAUGUGAACAACAACAACAACAACAACAACAAAAGUGAUUGUGGCAACAACAUUAGCGCGAGUAAUUGCAAAAACAAUUCGAUGAACUUUAAUGAAUUGUCAAAUUGCAUUGUGACCAUCGAACACAAUCAGAAUGAGAAUUCAAUUGAUUGCAGCGAUGACGACAACAACAGCAACAGCAAUAGCAACAGCAACUGUGGCGGCGGCAGCAAUGAGGCCAUUAACAAGCCCCCGGGCACAUUCAGCUCAUAUGCAACGUGCAAGGAACAGGAAAUGGAUGCGUUGAGUGUGCUUAGCAAUGACAACAAAAUCAAAAACAACAACAACAGCAAUUGCAGCAGCAGCAGCAACUCUGAGCGCAUCAAUCAAUUAAACGAACUGAAACAUUUUUUGCUGUUGAAACCGAAACCUGCAAAUAGUGGCCGCCGUGCCAGCAAACAGUCAAUAAAGCCGAGUGCAAAAGCAACAGCAACAACAACAAAUGCAACAGCAGCACAUGCACUUAUGUGGCAUACAACAUCGAAUGGCAACAAAUAUAUGUCUCAUAGAAAUGCCGCUAAUUUGACGGCUAUUAGCAAUAUUAGUGAGGAGACCGAACGCACCGAUUUGGCUGCUAAGGAGGCAGGAGGGAGCAACAAAAUUAGCGGCGACGGUCAUAGCCCCGCUACACCGUCCACGCCACCACCACCACCACCGCCACCACAACCAUCAGCGGAAGAGUUUGUCUCGUUCGAGUAUGUAAAACGUAUGUGGGCCGAGACAUUCGAUUGUGGGGAUGAAAUCGAUAGCCCCAGCGGCGAUGAGAUAAAUGCCGACGCCGUGGUCGAUGGCGAUGCCGUUGCAGCCAACCAGCGCAGUGCCAAUGCGAAACAUGCCAUUAACCUAAAUAAACAAUGCAACGCAACGGCGAAAGCGGCUAAUGGACAAAGCAGCGGAGUGGCACAAAUGUCUAGUGGGGGCAAUGAAGAUGGCGGUGGCGGCGGUGGCGGCGGCGGCGAUAGCAGCAAUGCCGAAUCGGAUUAUGCAAAUAAUUUCGAGAUGGAUUAUUUGCAGAGUUUCAUUUAGUGUUGCAGCGCAUACUGGCGUGCACACUCUACCAUACAUACAUACAUACAUACAUACAUACAUACAAAAACUUCCAAUCUAACACAUAGUUUGCGGCACAAUCAAUUUGGUAUCGGAGGAUGCCAUUAGCGGCAGCAGUAGCGGCAUUGGCGGCAUCAGCUGAUUUCGAACUAAUGAUAAUUAAAUCACUGCUCCGCUAGAUGCAUCGUACAAUGAGCUUUAAGUUUAGCAUAGCAAAUAAUAGUAAAAGUAAGAGUUAGUUAAUGUAUUGCAGUAGGAGUAUUUUUAGACAUUUACAUACAUACAUAUAUGAUAACUACUACGGCUUCCACCAAAGACCAAAAAAUAUUUUUGCCAAAAAAAUACCAACUAAGUAAAUAUUUAUCUUUAAGCAUUUGUAUGAAUAGAAAGUGUUAUAUGCUUCCAAAGAUCUCAAAAUGCUUGAGUUUUAGCCAACUACUUAGCUUUUUCUUAGUACAAAAAUUAAAAAAAAAAAUCUUAGAAAAUAUUUUGUUUUUUUUUUCGUAAAAAAGGCAAUAUUUUUUCAAUAGAUGUAUUCUCUAAGUCAUUCAAAACCCUUUCACGGCAUAACUGGUGUUCCUAUGGGAAAACUUUGCAAUCCGCACAACGCGCAAAGGCUUCGCAAGACUUAGAGAAAACGCCUAAUAUUUUAUAAAGAUAUUUUUUGAUGUCAGAAAGUUUUCAAAAAACGACGUUUCUUGCAUCUUUUGGUUACCGUUUUGCAUGCGACGUACAUACAUUGAUUUCUUUUCCUUUUUAGUUAGCUUUUAUUAUAGUAGUACUAAGUGGUAUUCUCAUGCAUUAUUUUUAAGCUGUAUUUUUGAAAGGCGACAAACUUUGCCCAGUUUUAUUAUAGGACAAUUUAUCUAAAUGCGUAAAUGCCUCGUAACCACGUAAACUUACUUGAUUUUAUAUGGAAAAUCGGUUUGUUAGACGAGGUUUGCGCGGUUACGAUGCAUUUACGCGCUUCCAUGAAUACCCAUAUAAUUCUAAUUUUAGAAAUUGCUUGCUUAUUUUUCAUUUUCUUAUGCAAAAUUAUUGAUACUAGUUUAAUAUCCAUUUUUUUAAGUUAGGGAAUUAAGUAAAACUUUUUUAAAGUUUUAAAAAUUUGUACUUUAGUAAAUCAACUCAAUAAUGAAUUUAAGUUGUUCCUGUAAUACAUUUCCUUUUAGUGA